UUCAUUCUCACAGCAUAUCAUCUGCUUCCGGGAGAAACUUGACCAAUAUGAGUAUUUUUGAAGAUUUAAGGAAUGUGCGCAUCAUACAGUUCCUAUGCUCAGAAAGCCAGCUCAAAACAGCAUUGUUCUUUGUUGUUCCAAUAUGUUUUUUAUUUGCAAAGUGGUUUACAGGUGACGUUCCCAUCACCAUCAUCAUUGAUCCCCCAGUUGUCCUUGUUGGAGAGCAAGUGACUCUGCACUGCUGGCUGGCAGACACUAUCCCCUCUAAUAUGAGCGUGCUGUGGUACAAAAAGGAAGAGGGGAAGAAUACCACACUGUGUUUUUCCCCCAGCCUGGGAGGGGUGGUGGAGCAGUGCCAGAAUGAAGAAUGGUGCAGGACUGAGGGACGCUGGGAGAGAAGAGCACUUCUCUUGAUUAUCCGUCAAGUGCAAGUAGCAGAUGAGGGGGCAUAUGUUUGUGCUGUGAAAGGCGAUAUUGGCUCACAGGAAGCUAUUACUCACCUUGAUGUCACAAAGAUGGGGAAUAAGCCAACUUUUCAAAGGAAUCAGCUAGAGGAGAGCAUGUGUUGCUAUACAUGUAAGUCAAAAGGAUGGUACCCAAAGCCUGAAGUCCUUUGGACAAAUUAUGGAGGAAAGAUAAUAAAUGUGGAGGCCAAGACCAAUGUAACCUGGAAUGAGGAAGACUUUUUCACAGUACAAAGCAACAUCACUGUGCCUUGCGAUAACGUAGAUGUGACAUGUGCUGUCAUACUCCCCAAAGCAAAGAAAAGCCGAACUGGUGCCAUGAAUGAAAUGAUUUUGCAAAAGCCAAGCACUUGUACAUACAGAAGCAGAAUAAGAGGAUCAUAUGUUAAGCCCAAAAUCAUGUGGGUAAAUCACGAAGGAGAAGACCUGUCUUCAUUGGCUGAGACACACAUUCUGCAGGAGAACGACAAUAUUUUUGCAAUAGAAAGCUCCAUUGAGAUACCCUGUGGACAACCGCCAGCUGCUUUCGUGACCACUGAUACGGAAUUUGGUCUACAUCUCCUUGCUCAAAAGUCAGAAAACGGUGGCUGGUUCUGGUUUAUUUGUCUCUUUUGUGCAGUUAUCUUAAUAGAAAAACAUAAACAGGAGAUAGAACAACUUCGAGCAGAGAAAGCACGCUCUGACCGCCAGAUUGAGGAGCUGCAGGCGCAACGAGAGGCGGGGCAGGAUGCAGAGAAGGAGAAACUGCAGAGGGAGAAUGAACAACUUCGAGCAGAGAAAGCACGCUCUGACCGCCAGAUUGAGGAGCUGCAGGCGCAACGAGAGGCGGGGCAGGAUGCAGAGAAGGAGAAACUGCAGAGGGAGAAUGAACAACUUCGAGCAGAGAAAGCACGCUCUGACCGCCAGAUUGAGGAGCUGCAGGCGCAACGAGAGGCGGGGCAGGAUGCAGAGAAGGAGAAACUGCAGAGGGAGAAUGAACAACUUCGAGCAGAGAAAGCACGCUCUGACCGCCAGAUUGAGGAGCUGCAGGCGCAACGAGAGGCGGGGCAGGAUGCAGAGAAGGAGAAACUGCAGAGGGAGAAUGAACAACUUCGAGCAGAGAAAGAUAAACUGCAGAAGGAGAAUGUGGAUCAGAGGAGAGAAAUUGAAUUCAGAAAGGCUCGUGGCUAUGCAGAUGAUGUCAAGGCUGAUGUGGGCACAGCCCAUCCAAACUUGUCUAUUGCUGAGGACGGGAAGAGUUUUAGGCAUAAUUCAUAUGCUCAGAAAGUGACACAGAAUGAAGAGAGAUUCGAUUCAGCUGUCUGCGUGUUGGGCUCAGAAGGUUUCUCAUCUGGGAAGCAUUACUGGGAGGUGGAAGUUGAAAAAAGCAAUGAUUGGGACCUGGGAGUCGCCAGAAAAUCCAUCCAGAGGAAAGGAAUAAUUUCCCUGUCACUGAAAGAAGGAUUCUGGGUUCUGGGCUCAAGUUUGAAAGAUUACUGGGCGAGAACUGACCCUUGGACUCGGGUCAUGGUGCAGAAAAAGCCCAGGAAAAUUGGAGUUUACCUUAAUUAUGAAGAGAGGCAUUUGACCUUUUUCAAUGUAACUGACAUGUCUGUGAUAUUCACGUUUAAAGACUGUGCAUUCUCUGAGGAAGUGUAUCCAUUCUUUAAAAAUUCCCAGAAAGAAUCAACAAUGAGAAUCUGCUCAGUUAAAGAGGAGUAAUUAUUUUAAAUAUGGUAAUUUUGUUGUGAAAUGAAAAAUCAGAUUAUAUCAUUCUCUUAGACAAAUGUAAUGCUUAAUAGCAAUUUAUGUAUUACAUGUAUUUGAUCAUAUUUUAUGUUGCACAUUAAUACUUUUGUUUAAAAUAUUUUCCUUUUUUUCAUUUUUUUAAUGUAUUUUAUCCAAUAUAUUCACUGUGUGAGCAGAAGAGAACACUGCCCCAUACCACAAUUCUUUAAAUGAUAUGUUUCUCUCACGAACAAAUUUCUGGAGAUUUUUCCAGUUCUUUUAAUACAUUUCAAUGAUAGUCAUUCCCUGAGGUUUCGUUUUGGACUGCUGCACUGUGGCAGUGGUGCUGCAUUUAGCUACAAAGCCGAACUCCAGGUCAUAAAUGCAAAAACACUUCUCCACAAAGGCACACCCUAUAAAGGUAGCCCCUCUCCCUCAUUUUUCUGAGUGGAAUUCUCAGAAGUUUGGAAAGGCCUCUCUCUCUUCAGACUCAUAUAAAGCCCUUUGUAAAUCUCACAUAC